UUUUCGCGGCGCACUUAGAGCGGUUUAAAGUUUGGCUGUAAAUUUUUUUAAAGUUUAGGUCGUUUUUGAGGAAAAAACAAUCAGAAUUAGUGUGUAUAAAGUUAGCAGGUCUGUGUAUGACCCUUUAGACUGGUUAUGAAAGGGCGUUAUAAAUGCGGUAAAGGACAGACAGUGUGUGUAUUUAUGCUGGAGCUGAGGGUAACUGCAGUAUAACUGUAGUAGGUUAUUUAUAGUAGUAAUUAGUGGCUCUGAGUAAAUACAUGGCUCUGAGUCUGAUCAUUACUUUAUUCUUCUUUAAUCGUGUAAAUAUCGCGUUAUUUCAGAAUCAUAAGCCUGAGAUUAGUGCAGAAAAGUGUCUGGUUUGGGGUGCAGGGCUGGAGCCCCGGCUGGUGCUGCCUGUGCGCUAUUUCUAUAUCCAGGCGGUGAGCGAGAGCGGGCAGAUCAUCUCCAGCUCUCCAGGUAAAGACUCCUUCAGGGUGAAAAUAACCUCGCUGUCACAGAAGGAGCAUGUUCGGAUCCAUGUCCCGCCGCCGCUGGACCGUGGAGAUGGAUCUUUUCUGGUCAGGUUCCGGAUGUACAGCAGCUCUUUGAGUGGACUGAAGGUGGAGGUGUUUUAUAAGGAUAAACCAGUGGCCCAGUCGCCGUACAGUAUUAAAGGUCCAGUUUAUCAUGAGUACUGUGACUGUCCUGAGUCAGACUCAUCAGCCUGGCAGAGUUUAUUACAGUGUCCUUCAGCUGAGCCACAGAUAGAGCAAGAUUUCAUCUCCUUCCCCUCUAUAGACCUCCUCCGGCUCCGACAGGAGGUUCCAAAACGCUUCUCCAGCAGAGGAGGCCUGAUCCACUACAGCAUCAUCAAUAACCAGGUGUACCGGAAGAGCCUGGGCAGAUACACAGACUUCAAGAUGUUCUCCGACGAAAUGUUUCUGUCUCUCACCCGCAAAGUGAAGCUGCCUGAUGUGGAGUUCUAUAUUAAUGUGGGAGACUGGCCACUGGAGACUCGAAAAGUGGAUGCUGUACAUGGACCUGUGCCAAUCAUUUCAUGGUGUGGCUCCACUGAGACGAGGGACAUUAUUUUACCCACCUAUGAUAUCACACACUCCACUCUGGAGACGAUGAGAGGGGUGACCAAUGACCUUCUGUCCAUUCAGGGGAACACAGGUCCUGUCUGGGUGAAUAAAACCAGCCAGGCAUUUUUCCGAGGCAGAGACAGCCGAGAGGAACGCCUGAACCUCGUCUCCAUGUCCAAGAAACACCCGGACCUGCUGGACGCCGGAAUCACUGCUUUCUUCUUUUUCCGGGAGAGAGAAAAGGAGCUCGGUAAAGCCCCUCUCAUCGGAUUCUUUGACUUUUUCAAGUAUAAGUUCCAGGUGAAUGUGGACGGUACAGUGGCCGCCUACAGGUUUCCCUACCUGAUGCUGGGGAACAGCCUAGUGUUAAAGCAGGACUCUCCGUACUAUGAACACUUUUACACACACCUGAAACCUGGCCAACAUUACGUUCCUGUGAAGAGGACACUGUCCGAUCUCAUCGAGAAGAUCAAGUGGGCCAAGGAAAACGAUGCUGAGGCAGAAGCUAUAGCUAAAGCAGGUCAGGCUUUGGCCCGGGAUAUCCUGCAGCCCCACAGACUCUACUGCUAUUACUACACUGUUCUCCAGACAUAUGCAGCACGGCAGAUCGGUACACCUUCUGUCCAUCCUGAUAUGGAGCUGGUGCCCCAGCCUGCUGACCACAGCACUGUGUGUCAGUGUGAGAGAGGGACGGGUGGGGAGGAGCUCAGGCAGAAGAAGGAUGAGUUAUGACCCAGGAAGCACUGCAGAAUUAGCCUUACUGGUAUCGCUUGGUGAUAAACGUGAAAAUUCACAACUGUGACAGUCCUACUUCAUUCACAAGUGCCUCUCUUACUGAACCCAGGUCUGAUUUACAUUAAUCACAUCAGGACCAGCAACACUGUCUGUCAGUUUACUUACACUGGCAAUAACACCCUGAUUAUCGUGUAUAGUGACCCAAUGAUUCAGACCACACUAAACCUUUUAGAGCAUUACUGUGAGGAUUUGAUUACAUUCAGCCACAACUAAAGUAUUAGUGAAGUCAGAUGUGCACCUCACCUCAUCCACAGCUCACUGCCUCAUCCCAUCCAGAAAUACAAUGCCAAAAGUAAGUAAACUGAAAGACAUAACUGUGUGUGUGUUUGUAUGUGUAUGUAAUAGACUGGAUCUUAAAGUGGAUUUUAAUCCAUAUUAAAGUUCUAUUGUAUAAUAUUUUUCAGUGAUUUUAUACCAACAGUCAGGACUAUUUUAUACUUAUAUGACUUUGGACUGCUGAUUUGUACAAGCCAUUGAAACUGAAACUUUUAUACUGUAGUAAAGUUAGUGUAUUACAGCAUUGUUUAGAUUCCACUCUACAUCUGCGUUCAUAUUUGUUACUGUUUUAUAAACUGUGUUAUUUAUAUGCUCAAGGAGAAAACAUGCUCAAGCCUUUUAAAGUUAAAGUUUGUUGGAACAGUUUCAUUUGACUAUUUCUAAUGAACUAUAGUCAGAAUUUGAGUUGGCUGCUGCUAUAGCUAGUAAAAUAAAGGGUUCCUUAAUAGUUCUGUCAUUUGUAUACAACUGUUAUAAACAUUAAUGAAGUCUUUUUCUUUUCAUUGAUUUUUUAAAAACUUAUGUUUAGAAAAAUCUUUUUGUAAUUUUUUUUUCCCUACAGUCUUCCUAGAAAAAGUAACAUUAUUUAUCAAUUUAGAACAUUUGUUUUUAUAGGCUGUGCUGUUUUUAGCCCCGAAUCUUUAUUUUAAUGCAUUGAAUAAUUAAUUAAUUGUUUUGGGAAAAUUGUGUAAAUUCAUAAAAAGCAUAAAAAAGGCAAGAAUUUUCACCAUGUUGUCAACAGUAACAGACGCAGAGCAGAUUUUCCCCCUUGAAUUCCCAGUUUGUCCAGUAAGUGCAGUUUUAUUAUUUUAUUAAUAAACCAUUUACGUUACAAUACCGGAUCUCAGCUCUGUUUACUCUUAAUACCGCUGAGCUGAACCAAUACUACUUCAGUCCAGUUUAGCCCCUGAGCUGCUGCAAGAGAGUCUGCAUGCACCAGUGACUAUUAAAAGAACAACCUAAUGUUUUAAACGCUAUUUGGACCUGGUCCAGAUCAGUAAAUAAAUGUGACGAGAGCACUGACUGAGGUGACUGUCUGUUUCAGCUUUCAAUCACUUUAUUUCUAAGUAAGGUUUUAAAAAAAAAAAGAUGAUUUCUGGGGGAAAAUAAAAAUUGUACAAUAUUUGCAUAGGACAAACAUUGGAGACGGAAAUAUGGAGAAGUUCAGAGGAGAACGAUUCGUGGUUGAUUUUUCAUUAAAACAUAUGAGUGGAGCUAAACAUCAUACUGCAACCAACCAGCAGAGGUGCCUUUUCUUUUCAUAAAGCUCCUGAGCGUUCAUAUCUUAGACAUCACACAGUUUCACACAGCAGCCCAAAUUCAGUUUUUUCACAAAUUCAGUCUAUUUAAGACUGUUGAUGUCUUCUUUAUCAAGGAGUUCCAGUGUCUGCAGCUGGGCAGAGAAUGCGUUUCAGCUUUAUUCAGCCUUGUAUACUUUAUUUGUUUGCAUCCUUGGUACCUUUAAAUGUUUGAUUUUUUAUUUUUAUGUUUUUCUAUGAUGCUGCAGCAGCGCCCUCCUGUGACUGUAUUCAGCAAUUUCUUUAAAAAACGGAAUCUUUAGGGAUAUGAUCCUUUUAAUUUAGUUUAAGAUAUAAGUCCAGAUAUUUACUUACCUCACUUACCUCCCGUCCCGUCACUAAAAUCCUUCCUCAGUGCUGUCGUCCAUUUCUCCUUUUCCUCAGUGAACAUUGGGUUUGAUUAACAUAAAUGUUGCAUGAUUCCAAUCUGGUUUUCAGGCUUAAAGAACUUGCUGCAUAUCACAUAUGUAUCAGAUUUCAAUAACAAAUAUGAAAGUGAACCAAAUCAACUGAAAAUAUCAGAUUUAGCUUGUGUUUACCACACAUAUGACCAAAAGGAUCAGAUUUGGGUCAUUUUUACCUGCAGGGUGCUCACAGCUGGGGUUUUUUAGCAUAUGUAUCUGUUUUGGGUCAUAGUUGCCUUAAUCCUUAUGGAGUAAAUAACUGCAUAUGUUCUCAGAAGGUACUCUGAAGAAUUUUGAGCUUAGUUACUUGAUAUGUUUCUGUUAAAAACAUACAUACCAUAUUCCAUGUUUUAUUUUUUAUUUUCAUUUGUUUCCAGAUUCAUUUGUUGUUUUUUAUUAUCCGUUUUGUAUUUUUUAUAUAUAUAUAUCAGAUGUAAUUUUUGUUUAUAUGAAAUAAACCAUGAAGGAAGUUUUAUCACUGA